GGGUCACCCUCCAGUCGUAGAGGGGUGAUCUGGUCCUCCUGUCCUCCUGCUUUCUUUAAUUUUCCUUUCUGAGGUCUUCCUUUGGAUAUUCCCAGUGUUUCGACAGUCAUCCUCGAAUUCAUAUCUUUGUUCUUCACAUCUUUCAAAUUUCACUCUUAACUGGAGUACAUUUUACUGGAGUUUGCCUGUCCAAGUCAUCCUCCUCUUCCUCAUUACUUUGUUCCUUUUAUCUCUGGAUCACUGGACACAAACAGUCGAUCGACCAAGCAACGAGAAUAUUACCAGCAACCAAGCAGCAAGAAUGACCGAUAAACCGGGGAUGACGACUGGUGGCGGAGAUGAUGCGGGUAGCAUCAUGGCAUUGCUGGAACGCGUGGCGGGCCUCAUGGACAGCGUCCAGGUCACACAGCAGCGCAUGGAGGAGCGUCAGCUUGAGCUGGAGAGCACGGUCAAAACCAUCCAGGCCGACGUUGUCAAACUGACCAAUGAGCACGCCAACACCAGCUCUACCGUCGACCGGCUGCUGGAGAAAACACGGAAGGUCAGCCGGCACAUCAAGGAUGUCAGGGUGCGUGUGGAGAACCAGAACAUCAGGGUCAAGAAGGUGGAGGCCACUCAGGGUGACCUCCUCGCCAAGAACAAGUUCAGGGUGGUCAUUUAUCAGGGUGACCAGGAGGUGAAAUCUGUCGCCCCGGGAAACGAGCCAGAGGAGCCCAGCAGCAGCGGCGGGGCCCGGGCCAGUGCCGAGGUGGAGCCCGACAAGUUCGAGCUCCCUCCAGAGUCGGACGAGGAGUACAUGGUGGUGGAGGAGGCCGACUCCUCGGCAGCCAGCCGCAUAAAGAAGACGGGGCUGACGCGCAUCGAGAGCUUCAAAGCCACCUUCUCCAAGGAGAACAUGAGCAAGACCCGCGAGAACCUGGGCACCAAGGUGAACAAACUCGGCGAGCGCAUCGUGACGGCCGAGAGGCGCGAGAAGAUCCGCCAGUCCGGCGAAAGGCUGAAGCAGUCGGGAGAGAAGCUGAAGGACACCAUCACCAAGAGUGUCCCAGCCAAGCUCAACCUGAAGAAGGAGAGGACUGUGGCAGAGGGCCAGGAGGGAGCCGAGGGCGUCACGGAAGGAGCUCUGCCCGUCCCUCCUCCCAAGGGCCGCAAGACCAGCCCUCACGCUGCCAGGCCGGCCGAAGACGAGGGCAGAGCGGAGGGAUCUGAGGUGCCGAUGUACGACAUGAAGCAGCUGUCCUAAAACCAGAUCUGCGCCCUUUCUUUGGACUUCUGAGACACACUGAGAGGAAGGUUUUUGGGUAGCUGUACAAGAAUAAAUGAUUCAUUAAAAAAUAAAA